CGGGUACGAUCACAUGACCGAAGACGGCGAUAUUGAACAAGUAGAGAUGGAAGAAGAAGAAGAAGAGGAAGAGGAAGAGGACGAGGAAAUGUCACAGAGAGAGGGUCUGGAGGAGGAAGUUGAAUGAUUCUCCAUGACGAACAUACCUAAAUACUCCAAUAUACCCUAGUUUUGGUACUAGGAAUGCUUUUUGUUUUUACUUUCCUGUGGAUUUUCUUUCCCGUGUGUUUCUUUUCUUGCAUCUUUUUCCUGCAUCUUUUUCCUGCAUCUUUUUCCUGCAUCUUUUUCCUGCAUCUUUUUCGAGCGAGUGGAUAUUCGAGUUGCAUGCGAAGGGGUUUUUUUUUCAUGAUGGCGUUCGGGAGAAACAAUGGAUUGCUUUGUACUUCUUGUCUACAUUUCUCAUUUCCGGGCUAUUGAUAGAUGUCGUUUGUUCAACGUAGUUGCUGGUUUUUGUCUUGUAUUCCAUGUCACAGGUACUUUGGGUGGUGAUUCGUUUGGAAGGGCUAGCAGGUUGAUUGUUUGCAGUUGCUGCUCUAUUGAUGGCUUUUCUGGAUCAUUUCUACAUGUGUUUGGUUGGGCGUCUCUUGUGGUCGUCACAUCGUGUUUGGUUGGGCGAGCGAUUGAUUUAAU